AGUCCACAGUCUACAGAGGCUACGACAGGUGGACAGUGCGGGGGAAGGGGGCAGGGGACACGGGUCAGGUCCGUGAGACCAGCGGCAGGAGCGGCGGACAGUCUGGUCUCGGAGCUCCGUGAUUGAACACCCAUCUGACAAGUGGUCUACGGCGUGUUUUGUGGCCUCGAACUCUUGCAGAAAUCAAUAAUCGUCUCUUGUGAAGUUAUCUUUACAUUGGGAAUUGCCUUGCAAUUAUGGCUAGGAUUGUCAGUGUGUUUAUAGCUUUUUUCGCUUCAAGCCUGCCAGGUGUGCAGAAGGUGACAGGACAAGUCGAAACGCCCUCGGACAUUGUAUUUGGUACCGCUUCCACGCCUUCUCCGACUGGCGCGCCGUGCACGCCGCUGCUGUUUGACCAGCGCCAGUAUCGCCUACAAACCACUGAGAGCUUCAUCGGCGUGCUGACGGUGUUGAUUCCGGCGGCCAACUCGGGUGUGAGCGGCUACAACGUGCGCACGCCCGGCUACGAGUCAAGCCUUAUUCUGAACAACAUCACAGGAAUAUUGCAGAAGGCUCGCAAGAUGCCAUACCAACGGGUGGAGUUAUUGGUGCAGGGCGAGACGGCAACAUCAGAGAAGAAAAAUGCCACAAACAGCACAGACAUCGUGGAUGUGGAUGAAACGCUGAUCAUCAUCGACAUAAUGGAUGAAAACGACUCGCCUCCGCUGAUGGAUUGCUCUCUGUACGGCGACACCUGCGAUAAUUUAGUGGUGGGGUUCCCCGCGUCGCCGACAGCCGUUCUUCCAGCGCCGCUGCUGCGGCUCACUGUGACGGACGCGGACACGGGCUCGUUCGGUGUGGCUGGUAUCCAGUACUCGGUCAACUCGACCUCCUUCAGCGUGGACCCGAGCGGCCUUCUUUGGCUGGUCGACCCGGACCUAAGUGACGAGCAAGUAGUCGUCCUGACAGCGAAAGACAACUUAGGUCGGCAGCCUUACAUGCAGUCGCAAGCUUCAAUCACAGCGCUGCCUGUCACCGACAGACAACUGUUCUUCGUCAGCGCCCAGCGCCAGCUGACAACCGCUAGUGACGUCACAGAGCUACUGGAGGAUAUCCGCUCGGCCGGCGGGUUCAGUGCGGUGCUCUCUCCCCAGCUCCAGGGCAUCAACUGCGGCAGUCAGGUGGACAGAGUGAUGGCCUCGCCAGGGAACGGCACGAGUCAGCUGUACGUCUACGCUAUCUGUCGGGACAGUGACGGAGCGUAUCGCGUGGUGGAGAGAGACGAGUUUCAGAGCGCGCUGGGGAAAAUGGCGAAGUCAGACACCGUGCGGUACGUCGAGAGCAAGGAAGACCAAAUGAACAGAGGGGGCGGGGAGGAGGACACGGAGACGGGACUGAUCGUCGCCCUUGCCGUCGUCUCCUGCCUGCUGGCGGCGGUCAUUGUCGCCGCUGUGUUCAGAGAGUACACAGUUCGGCGGCGCAGCAGGAGCGACUGAACAGGAGACAACUCAAAAGGAAGCAGUCUGAUUAAUGGUGAUAAGGUUACGGGCCGGACAUCAAAGAUUCAGCGCGCGGCCUAAGUUAUCGAACCAACAACAGGAAUUCCGAGAAUUGAUGAAUCGCGUGCAGCAUGUUCCGGUGAAAAUUGAUAGCCUUUUGAUGUAGUGCUAAGAAAUUUAUUUAGACGUGAAAAGCCGGAUAUAUCAUUGAAUACGGCGAAGGAUGAGUAGAAUUUGCAGCAAUGGUGCAUCGAUUCAUUCCAAACAACGAGACAAUAACUCUUUUCUAAAUACCAAUGACCCGGAAGCUAUUCAGAGAAAGUCCUAAUAAUUUCCUACGACGGGCAUUCUAUUCAAUGGCCUAGCCAAUAACCAUAGGUGAAUGUAAGUACCUCAUCAUAACAUGUCUAUACAUCGAUACCCAUAUGCCGCCAGGAAUAGUGGCUGUGGGUGGAUGGAUAUACCAGCAGGUCAGGUCACAGAAGGGGUCACAUUUCCAUUCAGCACACCGUUAAGUGUAGCAUACUGUGCAUUGCAUAAACUGGUAGCGUCGUCCACUCGACCGGCAGGCAUAGUUAGACACAUGAAGCAUUAUGGGAGCUGGCUGGACUGCCCGCUGCCCUUGGUUUGUUUUUAAGUGUCCACUGUGUCAGCCGUGGUUUAUUCUACCUCAAAUAAAUAGAUAAUGCAGCAGAAUGUGUGGCAACCUGUCAAAUGGUGUGAUGUGAUUGUUCGAUUAUUGCAUAGUCAAUACCUACAUGAAUUGUAAUAAAAUAAUGUGUGAUGCGAGUAGCAUUUAAAUAUUUCUUUUGAACGACAGCGGGAUGCUGAUCAAGUGCAUUUUGUUCCAUGUUUGUAGAUAGCAAAUAAACACCGCCAUUU